AUGAAAUUUUUUUUUCUAGAUUUGUUAGGGGAGGGAGCAUUUUCUAAAGUGUACAGAGGGUACUACCAGGCUGCAGAGGUAGCAGUUAAAAUGUUAAAAGUUCCACUUAAUGCUCAAGAUAAAAAUUAUUUUGCAGCAGAGGUCAGCUUGCUGCGUGAUUUACGCCAUCCAAGAGUAGUGCUAUUAUUGGGUGUAUGUACUGAUACUAAAUUACCAUUAAUGGUAUUAGAAUAUAUGAGUAGCGGUAACCUCUUCAACAUAUUACAUGAUACUAGAAGAUCACCAUUAGAUCAUGUAGAGUUCUAUCAGAUAUCUAGUGAUAUAGCAGCAGGAAUGGUUUAUCUCCAUAACAACAGACCACCAGUACUUCAUUUAGAUCUGAAAUCAAUGAAUGUUUUAAUUGGAGCUGGAAAUAGAGCCAAAAUUGCUGAUUUUGGGUUCUCAAAACAUGAAGCUGACUUAAAGGCAGCUAAAAAUAAACAGAUACAAGGAUCACCAGGUUGGAUGGCACCUGAACUGUUAUUAAAUGGUGAAGUCACAGUGAAGGCUGAUGUCUAUAGUUUUGGUAUUAUAUUAUGGGAAAUGGUAACCAGAAAACAUCCAUAUGAAGGCUGCAGUAUGUUUCAGGUUUGUGCCCAAGUGAGGUUGAAUCAAAGACCAGAAUUUCCUGAUCAUUGUCCAUCAGAACUGAGGAAACUUAUUCAGAAAUGUUGGCACCAUAACCCGGCUAAAAGAUUGAUCUUUAAGGUGAGUUCAAUCUUUGUAUCAAAUAAAGUAACUUAUUUGUUUGGUAAUGCAAAUGGGCAUCAAGUCUAG